AUGACUAGAUCUAUAAUAUCACUGCUGACAGUCCUCGGCCUAGCUGGCGCACAAAGCAUCUCUCACAGUAGUCGUAAUGGGCGGCCAACAUACGACGUGCCUACAAUCCUGAAAGCAUUUAAGAGCUGCAAUAACGGCGGAAAUGUUGUCUUCCCCGCCGGAAACACAUAUCAUAUCAACUCUCGGCUCAACCCAGUGCUCAACGAUGUAACAAUCGAUUGGCACGGCGAAUGGGAAUUCAGUCAGGACCUCGACUACUGGAGGAACAACUCGUAUCACAUUGCGUUCCAGAAUCACGCGGCUGGCUUCGUGAUAACUGGUGAUCAUAUCCGCAUCGACGGUUACGGUACCGGAGGUAUCAAUGGAAACGGUCAACUCUGGUAUUUCGACGAGCGGGGCAACCCCCCCGUCACCCCAGGAGCUACCCGUCCGGGGCGUCCCAUGCCCUUUAUGUUCUGGAACGUUUCCGACGUGUCUGUGAAGAACUUCCAUGUGGUCCAGCCGCAGCUCUGGAGCAUCAACAUCCAAAACGGCACAGACAUGGUAUUUGACAACAUCUAUACCAACGCGACUAGCCCCGAAGCGCCCACGGGCUGGAACUGGGUGCAGAACACGGAUGGUUUCAACACAAUGGAUUCUCGCAACAUUGUACUGACAAACUUUGUAUACCAAGGCGGCGACGAUUGCAUUGCUAUCAAGCCUCGAUCCUACAACAUUUUCAUUCGCAAUGUAACAUGCCACUCCGGUAACGGCAUUGCUAUUGGUUCCCUUGGACAAUACCUUGAAGAUUCUUCCGUCGAGAACGUACACAUUGACCAGGCAACGAUCAUCAAGGGUGGCGCCCAGAAUUCGAUCGGAAACGCGGUGUAUAUCAAGACUUGGGUAGGUGAGCUGGUUCAAGGAGGCGACCGAGACUACGAAAGCGACUAUCAGCCCAGAGGUGCGGGAUGGGGUGGUGUGAGGAAUAUGCUGUUCAGCAACUUCAUCGUGCGGGGAGCAAAGAGUGGAGGUGUGAUAACGCAGAACAGCGGAGACAAUGGGUCUUUCGCGGGAACUUCCAACAUGCUUGUCAACAACGUUGCCUUUGUCAACUUCACGGGCUACUUGGACGGCAAGACUACGACGGCGAGCGUAAGCUGCUCGACCAGGCAACCCUGCUAUAACAUCGAUUACAAGAACUACACGCUCUAUACAAGCUCUAACAUGACGAGCACAGGAAAAGCUAGCUGCAAGUGGACGGCAGAAGGAGGGGUUCACGGCGUAGCAUGCUAGGUGUUUUCCAGGAAGUCCAUUACACUAUCGUACAUGCCAACAAAGCACUACUCUAUUCGACUGAAGCACUAUAAAUGCAGUCAUACGUGAUAUUGCGUGUUUCUCGUUGUCGUAAGUCAUGUUCGCGCAGGGCACGCGCUUCUCUCGUGGCCUGCUGCCUGUCUGUGGUCCGAUCUCUUUAUGAAGGCUCGUCUCAAGCAUUAUGAUGAAUACUUGCUUCCGCCAUAGUCGCUUUCCAUGUCUGCCCGAGUGUAUCCGUUCCAUCCUUGCGCCUGGUUCAAAUGCUUUCAUCCCUUACGCCCUGCACCUUUGCCUCCCCAGGUACAACUUCCUUGACUGUCAGAUGCCCUAUCCACCUUUCUGCGAUUGCAAGCCC